AUGAAUGGUGGAACAACAGCACCUCCUCCUCAAACAGUUUAUCGAAAAGAACCUGUAAGAGAAGAAUCACCACCACCACAACGACGUACUGUCACUCAAAAUCCUCGCACAUUGCAAAAUGACGUUCAAUAUCCUUCUAAUACCGCACCAACAUUAUACCAUAUGAAUGGUGGUACAACAGCGCCUCCUCCAACUGUUUAUCAAAAAGCACCUCCUCAAACAGUUUAUAAAAAAGAACUUAUUACUGCUGAUGCACCAACUCUAUAUCAUAUGAAUGGUGCACCACCUCAAACAGUAUAUCAAAAAGAAAUUGUAAGAGAUACACCACAACCACGGUAUGUUGCUGAAAGUCCUCAACCAACACGUUCACGUGCACAAACACCACCAAGACGACAAAAUAAUCCAAAUACACAAAAUACUGAACGACCAUAUGUAAUACAACCUGCCAACUCUUAUACUUCUCAACCACCACCAAAAGUUAAUAUGUAUCAUCUCGAUGAACCAAAUGAUGUCGUUCGUUAUACACCAGUGAAUCCUCCUAGUUCUAGGGUUAAUCCUCAACAAGAACCCUAUAGAAAACAACAGCAGCCACCUGAAACUGUUAGACCAAAACAAACUACUGAACCUGAUUUAACAGUUGUUCGAAGAGUUUAUAAAAAAUUACCACCUACAGACGACGAACAAAUUCCAAAUGAAAAUUAUGCACAACCUGUUCGAAAAGUUCAGCAAACACCAAGAGAAUAUACAGCAUCACCACAAUUAACAAACAGACAAAUAAUAAAUCCUAUUCCGAAUCAAAACCCAUCUAUUUAUUAUAUUCAAAAUACUAAUGCAUAUUAA